AUGUCGGGUUCAGACGGGGACAGCGGCAGCAACUCCGGCAGGCCACGGACGCUGGCGAGGCCCACGACGACGCCGCGGAGAGCGGCCAUGUCUCCUCACGGUGUGGCAAUGGACGCCGCCAUAAGGAUAGUGGAGGAGCGCGGGGCGAGGCUGGGGAUCGUGAGGGAGGAGAAGGAGGGAGACGGUGCUGCGGCUGCCGCCGCCGCUGCUGCUGCCGCGGCCGCCGCUAACAGCAGCGAGAGGGCGCGGGAAGCGGCGUACGCGAACCAGAUAGCGGCUCCGGCGAUGACGUCUCUAGAGCAACGGCGACAGCGUGCUAAGGCCUGGGCAAAGUCAAGACGGAGAUCAGCUGCGCUGCUGUGUAGAGAGGUAAAUGUGCGUACAUGA